AUGAGCUCCAAGAUGUGUCAGAAUUAUUCCACCGAGAUGGAGACGGCCAUCAACCACCUGGUCAACGGGCAUCUGCAGGAUUUACACUUACCUCUCUCCUGGCGUCUGUUUUCACGGACACGUGGCUCUGGAGGGCUGGGCCACUUCUGGGAGUUGGCCAAAGAGAAGCAGGAGAGCUCCGAGCGACUGAAGACGCAAAACCAGAGCAGCACUCUCGCCUUCUUCCAGGACGCGCAGAAGCUGACCCAAGAUAAAUGGGAGAAAACCUUGGGCUCCAUAAAAACUACCCCAAUCCUGGAGACGAACCAGAGCCAGGCCCUUUUAUACCUGCGCGCCCUGGGUUCUGCCUGCGCAGACUCAAUGACUUCCCGGAGAACCACUUCCUGGAUGAGCAGGUGA